AUGAUUAAAGGAGGGCCUGAGGUAAUUCAUCAACAUGGUCCUCUUGACCACAUUAUACAACAACCCAAUGAACAAUGGGAUUGUGCUAAUGUUGUUGGAUUUCCUGGAAUUAGUUCUGCCCCUAGUUAUCCCUCCAAGCAAAUUGUUGAAAGUCGCGGCGAUAAUCCUGAAAGAAAUGAACUUUCCCAGUGGGUUGAGCAUGUCACUAGGCAACUCAUUGAAGAUUUGCCUGAAAAUGAAACCGAAGGCUUACAGAUUAAUGGUACAGGCACAACACAUCAAGACGUGAACAAUAUUGUUCCCGCACUACUGGCAGAGAUAAGGCCUAAGAAAAUUGCGCGAAUAAAUUCUUCUGAGGGCAUUGGACAACCACAACAUCAAUGGAGCUCUCAUGAUGAUCAUCUCGCGAGAGGUGAAAAUAAUACAAACAGAAAUGAGACAGCAGGUAAUAAAGGAAUGAAUGGUCUAGAUGAUCAAGGAUUAAACUUGAUCACUCUUCUUUUGGAAUGUGCAGUUGCUAUAUCAGUAGAUAACUUAGGGGAAGCUCAUAGAAUGUUACUUGAGCUAACACAAAUGGCUUCUCCAUAUGGACCAUCUUGUGCUGAAAGGGUAGUGGCCUACUUUGCUAAAGCCAUGGCCAGUAGAGUCAUCAACUCAUGGCUAGGAAUAUGUUCCCCUUUGAUCAAUUACAAGACUGUCCAUGGUGCUUUUCAAGUCUUCAACAACAUCUCACCAUUCAUAAAAUUUGCACAUUUCACCUCAAACCAAGCAAUCCUUGAGGCAUUCCAUCAUCGAGACAGAGUCCAUAUCAUCGACGUGGACAUCAUGCAAGGUCUACAAUGGCCGGCUUUGUUUCAUAUCCUCGCCACUCGCAUGGAAGGUCCUCCACAUGUCACAAUGACAGGAAUUGGGACAUCAAUGGAACUUUUGAUUGAGACAGGGAAACAACUCUCCAAUUUCGCCAAACGCCUUGGUAUGUCAUUCGAGUUCCAUCCAAUAGGGAAAAAUACAGGGGAAAUCGACAUAUCCACGUUGCAAAUCAGGAGAGGAGAGGCUAUAGCCAUACAUUGGCUACAACAUUCCUUGUAUGAUGCCACUGGCCCUGAUUGGAAAACAAUGAGACUUCUCCAAGAACUAUCACCAAGAAUUAUAACACUAGUAGAACAAGAAAUAACACUAGGGGGUAGUUUCUUGGACCGAUUCGUGGGAUCUCUCCAUUACUACUCAACCAUUUUCGACUCAUUAGGAGCUUUCUUCGAGAGUGAUGAUUCAAGCAGGCACGACGUGGAACAUGGCCUGCUUUACAGAGAAAUUAAUAACAUAUUAGCUAUUGGAGGGCCUGCAAGAAAUGGAGAGGACAAAUUUAGGCAUUGGAGAAGUGAGCUAUCAAAAAGUGGAUUCAUGCAAGUGCCAAUGAGUACAAAUUCAAUGGCACAAGCUCAAUUGAUAUUGAAUAUGUUCCCACCAGCUCAUGGUUAUAGCUUAGUGCAAGGUGAUGGAACAUUAAGGCUAGGGUGGAAGGAUACUAGUUUGUUUACUGCAUCUGCAUGGACCUCUCCAAAUUCUAGAUAG